AUGGAAUGUGGUGGUACCAACUGCUGUCAUUGUACAUAUCGUCCAUCACAAGCUGAAUGUUCUUCCUCGAAAAGUGGCCGCACACGUCAAUGGGAUAGUGCAAUUUACCCGUGCGGUACUUGUUUGGUACUUUACCCACCGAUACUUCAAGAAGAUAAAUAUAAAAGAACAUUUGAUUAA